CUGAAAUGUCCGGAAGUUAACUCUAUAAUAACCAGCGUCAGCCGUCGAAGACAUACAUAUCCUUUGGACAGUGGGCAAAUGGGCAGCUACUCGCUCACAUGAAAGUCGCUCACAUGAAAGUAACUCUGUCACUCUGUUUUGUUUUCCAUGAGAGCCUAUUCUAAAUCUGCAUCCAGAUCUUCUCGACACAUAUGUAGCGGUCAAUCGAUUCUAAAUCUGCAUCCGGUGGAGCCAUGUUGGGUUCUCCCGGCUGAAACCAUACCAGAAGCUUCCGGUGGAAAGCAUCAUCAGUUUUUCGUGGGUACAUAGUCGCUAACAUCUCCAGCAGGCGUGACCUCGGGGAUCGAGAUAGCAAUCGGCUAAGGAUAUUCAUCAAUAACAGCCAGCAACGGCAUGUUCAUCAUUGGGCGCCGACGAUUGGUGAUGUGGCACAGAUGCGACCAGAUCCAGCCAUGGCAAGCUUGCACGUUCGAUGGCUACAAGACGGAGUUUGUGUUCCAGCUUCCGCAGAACUGCAGAAGUGGUCCUUUCGAUUCCCUGAGCAUCGAGAAUAAAUUCAACAUCGUCGACAACAAUAGGCAACACUCAGAAAAACUGAGUAAGUUAGCAAGGCUACAAACAUCUUCCAUUUAUGCAGUUUAUGUAUCCAGUUUCUGCCUUUUUUAUCAAAAGUAAUAAUAACAUGUACAUAAAUCAGUUUUUCCUUGGGUUAAAUAAAUCAGCUUUUAAGAAGGUCACAGACAUGGCAAUGAGCAAAUGAUUGACAGUGCUCAACAAUUGAUGCAUCCAGGUUAGCUUUCUUUUCUUAACCAAUAUUCAAAGAUGCAGAGAGAUAUACACAUUCAUGAAUUAAGAAUCUGAACCUAUAUUGUAUGGUAUAAGUGCUUAUGUAAUGUUUGGUAAAAUGCUUAGGUGAUCUUUCUUUCUUUUUUCCUAAAUAAGCAUUAGUAGAUGUUUGCGUUAUUAGAUGGUAAUUCUGAAAUUCUAAAUACCUCCAUUACAUCCAUCAUCAUCAUGAUUAGUGUACUCUUACUCUAACUAUUAUUCCUUUCUUAAUUGAACUUAAAAUAGGGUUCCUACUUUCCAGAACUUCAUAUACCUCAUUUUUAAUGAAUAAAUUAUUUAGGUAUUUUUAAUUAUAGAUUUCUGAAUUCUAUAUAUUGUUGUCUUUGUUAUGUGGACAGAUCACUUCAUAUCAUUUCCUUCUCAAAUUAAAUUGAUCUAUGGUGUUUCAUUACACAUGCAUCAAAUGUGUGAUUCUAUUAUGUUAGCAUUGAUUUGGAGUUUUUGUUCUUUGAUGAGUGUUGAGAUAGUUGUCAGUUUCAUAUUUUGGCGAUAAAAGUGAUGGUUGAUUUGAAUUCUACCUGUUUUGUGGUAUAUGAUACUAAAUUACUAAUGCUCCUUUUUCAUGGUUUGAAACUGAAACUAUAUUGUUAUGCAGACAAUCUGUGAUGGACUAAUAGUAUUGGUGAAAAUACAGCACUCUUGGGGCCAUAGCCCACAGCUGAAGAUAUUUGGCCAUCGAUCGAUUGGAAGCAGGCCAGAGGCUUCCGGUGGAGGGCAUCAUCAGGGUCGGGCUAGAGUUCUCCAUUUUCAUGGGUCGUUGUCGCCAACAUCUAUGUGUUGCUGCCGUUUCAGCAGCCGUGACCCCAGUGAUCGCGAUAGCAAUUGCCUAAGGAUAUUCGGCAAGGAUAGACUGCAACGACGCGUUCAUCAUUGGGCUCCGGUGACUGGUGAUGUGGCAUAGGAGGCGAAGCAUCGGGCGUGGUCGCGUGGAGGAGGCAAAGCAGUGUCCCAUCCACUGCAGCGACAUCAACGGAGGGCCAUAGACGGUGGCGACCAGUGCCUCAGCAACAAGUUCUCCAAUCUUGGGUAGGCAGGCCUGGAGCUUUCCUUUUCAGUGACAUGGCCAACCGAGAGAUGACGCCAAAAUUAACGGGGCAGAAGGGAAACCAGCCAUAUCGAGGGAGUGGAGACAGUUUCGAGUAGGGAGUGGCGAGGCGAGUGGCGGAUUGCCAGUCUGUGCUUCUCUGGACUUUGGCACUGCAGCUUGCUGACUUUAGGAAGAAGACCGAUAAGGUUUCUUCAGCUUUUGCUCGGGGCUUGCGGACCAAGAAAUCAUGGUUUGGUUUACAAACACUACACUUUAAGAAUAUUGUUUAGAAACUUUCAACUUUCAAUAAACCUUUGGUAACAAAGUUUUAUAAGCACUUGGUUUUUAUGUCUUGGAUAUCUUUGGUUUUUUUAUAUCAUCAUUCUUGAGAAUGCUGAGAUGAUAAAGAGGUACGACAAGAUGAGAAAAAUCAUAGAAGUUAGAUGAAUUACUUGAGAGUGCACUAAGACAUGAUCAAGACAUUGCUUUUUUUCUGGCGGCAACAGUUUAUUUGUUGUGAUUGUUUUGAACGGCUCAUUUCCUGUUGUGACUGAUUUAGCAUUCUUCCAGGGUUGUAUUUAAAGUUUUUCCUCAUACAGGAGAUUUGUACCUUCACAUUACUUAGCUUUGGGUAAACUUUUUGUUACUUUUUUAAACUGAAAAGGAUGCACCUGUAUUCCAUGAAGAGCAGUUGAUGUUAUAUGACUUAUAUCUUCAUAUAACUGAGCUUUUAAUAGUUCAUAUUUGUUUACCAAUUAUCCAUUAAA